AUGUGGGGAGGUUGUAUCUUAUUAAAUGCUGUGUUGAGUAGGAACAAGUGUGCAGCAUGCUAUAGACAGUUUAACAAAAAGGAGCAUCUGGUGGAACACAUGAGGGUUUCGUAUCAUUCAGUUCAUGAACCCAUGUGUGGAAUUUGUGGCAAGCGUUGCCGAUCAUUUGAAUCUCUUCGCGAUCAUCUUAUAGGACCAUUGCCAAAGGCCGAAUGUGAAAGGGUGUUUAGAGAUCGUGGAUGUACCAUUUGCCUAUCUAUCGUUGGUAGCCCAAACGCUCUUAGAGUUCACCAAGAUGGAUGUCAACUAGUGCGCGGAAGUAACGGUGUUCUGCAUCAAUUUGCUAACUUAGGCAUUCAAGACGACCUGAGAAUCGAUGAUGGGAAAACACGAGCAGUUGCGCUUGCCGGCAAAAUGGUUGGUGGUGGUAGCGAUGGUUCGUUGGAUCUUUGUGCACGAGUAUGCAUCAUCGACGAAUAUGAGAACAUACUAUUUCAUUCCUAUGUCAAGCCACAACUUCCUGUUACAAACUACAGGUACGAAACAACUGGCAUUCGACCCGAAUACCUCCGGGAUGCAAUGCCAGUGAGACAGGUUCAAAGAAAAAUCCAAGAUUUCUUAUGCAAUGGGGAACCGAUAUGGAAGAUCCGCCCGAGAGGCGAGAGAGCGAGGAUUCUUAUAGGCCAUGGUUUGGAUCAUGAGAUGAAAUGCUUGGAACUAGAGUAUCCUCUUGUGAAAAUAAGGGAUACAGCAAAAUAUCCACCCUUAAUGAAGACUAGCAAGCUCAGCAACUCACUCAAGCACCUUACGAAAUCGUACCUCGGCUACGAGAUUCAAAACGGGAUACAAGAUCCGUAUGAUGAUUGUGUUGCAACGAUGAGACUUUACAGAAGAAUGCGAUCCCAAGCUCAUCAGAACUACGAGGACUAUCCUCUCGCUACCGACUCUCAAAACAAGAACAACUUUGGUUCAUGGAGGCAAGGGGAGCUUGAGAGGAUGAGUCCUGAAGAACUAAUGGCAAUCUCAAGGUCUGAUUACUAUUGUUGGUGCUUAGAUGGCAAAGAGUGAAGACAAUGGCUAAAUUGAUUAGAGAAGUAAGUAAUUAUAAAUGGAAUAAGCAUGGAGAUUAUGCAUCUAGACAUGGGAUCACGCCACUACAGCAAAAUGGUUUUAUAGGACUUAGGUUUAUAGGACCAAACUAUAAAGUGUCAUAUCUAAAAUCGUUAUAAUAGGUUUAUAGGACGUUUUUAGGCGUUUUAACAAGCUUUUUAGGACGCUUGUAAAAUAAAACAUCUUAUGCUAUUUUAGACACUUUUGAGACGUGUCCUGUAAACCCAUCUUUUUAUAGGAUAUUUGUCUUUACAGAGCACUUUUUCAAAUAGUGUCGUAUAAAAUAGUUAAUACAACCACUUCAUUUUAAGAGUAUCCU